AUGCAUCCGCUGACAAAUUGUUUUCUGCCUCUCCUGGUAUUUGCGCUCUGUGGUGGCAGCGUGCCAGAGUCAGGCGCUCACACACCGACUUAUAUUUGGAAAGAUGACGCGACAGGGGAUUCCCUUACGUGCGACCUAUGCGCUCCUGGAACUUACUUACUGAAGCAUUGCACAAAGGACCGCAAGAGCGACUGCGGACCUUGUCCAAGGUCCCACUACACAGAGAUCUGGAACUACAUCGAGCGGUGUCAAUACUGCAAUCGUUUUUGCACGGCUGAUGAGAUUGAAAGCGUGCCGUGCACCCAACUGCACAACCGACAGUGCGAGUGCAAGGACGGGUUUUACAUGAGACAUGGGUCAUGUUCAAGGCACAGAAGGUGUCCACCCGGGGAAGGGGUCAUCUCCGAUGGAACCGCACACACUGAUGUGAAAUGUGAACCUUGCCCAGUGGGCUUCUUCUCUGCAGAGUCCUCCAGUAGGAAAACAUGUCAGAAGUUUUCUGUGUGUGCCCCAAGUCGCACCACUAUACCUGGCAAUGACAUGAAUGAUGUUUACUGCUCAGCAUGUACGAAUGGUUCAAGAACACAUGAAGAUGAAGCUAUAUGUGAUGGGGAGUUGAUGGAAUUCCUGGCACUACAGAUCCUCACACCAAGAAAGGACAAAAGACUGGUGGCUGUGCUCAGGAGGAGUGCUGGUAAAGCCACAACCAAAAAUGCAACUGUACUAGACCUCCUCAAAACUAUUAAGAACAAACCUGGCAAACCUUUUGCUAUUCAAAUGCGUGAUAUCCUGAACACAGACAGGCUGCUCCAUUUAAGAACUAAAGUCAACAAAUGGUUUCCUCAUAUGAAUUUAUAGGGCUAAUAUAUAUCACCACAUAUUGUAAACAGUUUAUGUUCUUCACGUUUUUGUUUUGUAUCCAUUAUCUUAUUUUAUUCUUAUUUAUUAUUGUUUAUACACCUUGUGGGUGGGGGCAAUGGUUAAAAAAAUAGAAGACUAGUGUUUUGUUGUUGAAUUCCUCAUUGUGCAGUAUUUAAGAAUACAUCACUAUGUUGCCAAAAAAAAUAACAAUAGGAAAUAUGAAAUACACAAUAAAGUAAGUAUGUAAAGCAUACUAUAUACAGGAAAUAUUUAAAAUGUCAGUUCCAAUACCAUAUUAACAUGUGCAGGGAUACUGGAGUGAUGGAGGUAGAUAUGUAUAGAGGUAAAGUGACUAGGCAACAGGAUAUAAGAUGAACACAGUAGCAGCAGCUUGCAUGUAAUUGAGUGUGCUGGUGUGUAGAAUCAAAUCAAUCAAAUAAAAGUUCAUUUGUCACGUGCACCGAAUACAACAGGUGUAGACCUUACAGUGAAAUGCUUACUUACAGGCUCUAACCAAUAAUGGAAAAAAGGUAUUAGGCGAGUCAGUAUGAAUGUUUGUGCAUAUUAUGUGUGAGUGAGCAAAUCAUGGAGUGAGUGUGUGUGUUGGAGUGACAGUGUGUAUGAGUGUGUAGGGCCCUGUGAUCAAUAAAGAUACAAGGUAAACUCGGUCCAUGUAGCUAUUCUGUUAUCUAUUCAUCACUGGUAUUGCUUGGGGUUAGAAACGGUUUAAGAGCCUGUUGGUGUCAGAUUGAACUCUGUUGGUGUUACGUCUGAAGGUCAUGCUGCACUUCAAAUGGCAACGCUUGUCACUAAUACUUUCAAAAAUAACCCUUUAUGGCAAUCUAUGGUAACUCUGGUAAUUUACACUUAAAUAACUUUUAGAAUAUGUAUUCAUAUACAGUGCCUGCACACCCCUUUUUCACAUUUUGUUGUGUUACAGCCUGAAUUUAAAAUGGAUUAACUUGAGAUUUUCUGACACUGAUCUACACACAAUACACCACAAUGUCAAAG